AUGGCAAGUGAGGAGAAUGGCGGCGAGCCUAUCAAGAGAGAUGUUCGCAACCACAUGCUGUUUGAGGUAGCAACUGAAGUUGCGAACCGCGUGGGAGGCAUUUACUCUGUGCUCAAAUCCAAAGCGCCUGUAACGACCGCGGAAUAUGGCGAUCGCUACACCCUCAUCGGGCCCUUGAACAGGGCUUCUGCGGCUGUUGAAGUCGAAGAACUGACUCCGUCCAACCCGCGUCUGGUUGAGACAAUGAAGUCAAUGCAGGAGCGGGGUAUUGAGAUUGUCUACGGUCGCUGGCUCAUUGAAGGCGCGCCCCGAGUGCUCCUCAUCAAUACAGGAACUGGGUACAAGUACCUUGACGAGUGGAAAGGCGACUUGUGGAAUACAUCGGGAAUUCCAUCGCCCUCUACUGAUCAUGAGACCAAUGAAGCCAUUGUGUUUGGGUAUUUGGUGGCAUGGUUUUUGGGUGAGUUCAUUGCCCACGAACGACGAUUGGCGGUUGUCGCUCAUUUCCACGAGUGGCUUGCCGGUGUCGCUUUACCUUUGACCAAGAAGCGCCAUAUGGAUUUGACAACCAUCUUCACAACCCAUGCCACCCUGCUCGGUCGGUAUCUCUGCGCCGGAUCCGUUGACUUUUAUAACCAUCUGCAAUACUUUGAUGUGGACGCAGAGGCGGGAAAACGGGGAAUUUAUCACCGGUACUGCAUCGAGCGAGCCGCAGCACACUCGGCAGAUGUCUUUACCACAGUAUCGCACAUCACCGCGUUUGAGAGUGAGCAUUUGCUCAAGCGGAAGCCAGAUGGAGUGCUGCCCAACGGGCUGAACGUCAAGAAAUUCUCCGCGGUGCACGAGUUCCAAAACCUGCAUUCGCAGGCAAAGGAGAAGAUCAAUGACUUUGUCCGUGGUCAUUUUUACGGUCACAAUGAUUUCGACCUCGACAACACCCUUUAUCUUUUCACCGCUGGUCGGUAUGAAUUCCGAAACAAGGGUGUUGACAUGUUCAUCGAGGGAUUGGCCCGUCUGAACCACCGUCUCAAGACCAGCGGAUCCAAGACAACUGUUGUAGCGUUCAUCAUCAUGCCUGGCCAGACAUCAUCGCUCACUGUCGAAGCUCUCAAGGGACAGGCUGUUGUGAAGUCACUGCGAGACACGGUGGAGAUGGUUGAAAAAAGCAUCGGAAAGCGAAUGUAUGAGCGUUGCCUGUCCUGGAAGGAAGGCGAUAACAUGCCGGAUGAGAAAGACCUGAUCGAUAGUCAAGAUCGUGUGCUGCUGCGCCGUAGACUCUUUGCCAUGAAACGACACAACCUCCCCCCCAUUGUCACCCAUAAUAUGGUCAAUGAUUCCGAAGACCCGAUUUUGAACCAGAUCCGUCGCGUUCAACUUUUUAACCAUUCAUCGGACCGUGUCAAGGUUGUCUUCCAUCCUGAAUUCCUCAACUCAUCCAACCCAGUGCUGCCUCUGGACUACGAUGACUUUGUCCGUGGCACCCACUUGGGAGUUUUCCCAUCGUACUAUGAGCCAUGGGGAUACACCCCUGCUGAGUGUACAGUGAUGGGAGUUCCCAGUAUCACCACUAACCUCUCAGGCUUUGGGUGUUACAUGGAGGAACUCAUCGAAAACUCGUCUGAUUACGGCAUCUAUAUCGUGGAUCGUCGGAUGAAGGGUGUGGAUGACUCGGUCAAUCAGCUUGCCGACUUCAUGUAUAACUUUGCGCUGAAGAGUCGACGACAACGGAUUAACCAACGUAACCGUACGGAGCGGUUGAGCGAUCUUUUGGACUGGAAGCGCAUGGGCCUGGAAUAUGUCAAAGCCCGUCAGCUGGCCUUGAGAAGAGCCUAUCCUUCGUCAUUUGAAGGCGCAGAAGAUUACUUUGAUAUCAUCGGAGGAACAGAGCAGAAGAUAAGCCGGCCAUUGUCUGUGCCUGGAUCCCCACGGGAUCGUAGUGGUUUAAUGACGCCGGGAGACUUUGCAUCGCUCCAAGAAACCCGGGAAGGCUUGAGCACUGAAGAUUAUUUUGCAUGGCGAUUGCCAACCAGCGAGGAAGAAGAACCAGAAGACCAUUUCUUCCCACUGACUCUUCGCACGAAGAAGACAUCUGAUCGACCCUCCUCUCCGUUGGACAGCAUAUCGGUGAAUCAGAAUGGUGGGCGUUGA